AUGGAAGCCAACGUUCUUCUAGUGUCAGUAAUCAGUGCUCGUGGACUUUAUUUGAAAGGCCACUCAACUAUGGAAGCCCUUGUUACAGUGACUAUGCACGGAAAGAGUAAUCUGCGUAGUCGUGCUGUCACCGAACCCAUACACACAGAAGGAGAGUGCCACUGGGACGAGCACAUGGAAUUCAAGAUCAACGACCCGACUGCAAAACUAGUUGUGUGUGCCCAGCACAAAUGGUCGGAA